AUGGCCAUGGACUCGGUACAACAUCAAGAGCUGCAGGAGGCCACACCUGAGGAAACAAUCGAGAAAUGCCGGCAGAUCCAGGCUACGGAGCUCAAGAGCAGCUUAACAGAAGAGGACAUCGAUCAGAUCGUUCAUCGGAACCUGCCAAAGGCAGAAAAAGUGACGAUCAGAACCUAUGACCCAGAUGGCCGGAAGCUGGGUUCCUGCGAGAAGAUCGUAGAAGCCGCCCUCGGAUUGCAGGAGCCCGGCAGUGAACGGCCCAGCUUGGCGAGCGAGGAGAGUGACCCAGGUGUACCUGAAGAAGGGCGUAGUUUAGGCUCCUUGGCUCGCAGAGCCUUGGAGGAGGCUCCUUGGAUUCCCGACGAAGAGGAGAAGGUCAUCCUGGUUCGGGCCAUCAAGCGCCUGCGCCAACGCCUGGCGAUUGAGUCCCUGUCCUCGCAACAGAAACAGCUGGAGAGGUUGGAGAAAGCUGAGGUGAGCCCCGCUGACAACGCUGUCAGCCAGGCUCACAAUAGCUUGGAAGCCAAAUCGGAGGCUCCACCUUUGCAUGCUCGAUGCUCCAAUCCAAUGAUUGUUGCCGAAUAUCAGAUUGCCAAGGGGGAGGAGCUGGAAACUCCGCCUGCCCACACCCAACGGCGUCGCGGAAUUCUGCGAACCUCCUCAUCUCUGCCUGCGACGGGGACGAAUGUGCCCGACCUGACUCAACUGCCAAUGAAUUCAACCACCGCUGCAGCGGCCUUCCGUGGCUUUUCCUUCCCAAAGGAGGGGGAGAGUCCAGAUUCCAAGACGUCUAGCUCACCUGCAUCUCCCAGAUCUCCCCGAAAUCCCUUGCGACUGCCUGGCAAUCUGAAGCCUCGCAUGUCCAUGGUGUCCAUCGCGGACGAGGAGGAACUGGUAGAGAUUGAUGAGGGGAGCCGAACUCCUCCAACCCCAAGGAAGUCCACGUCCUUGUCGGAAUCAAGCACCACUGCACUGGAAACAGCCAGAUCUUCGGUGGCGCGGAGCAGCGUCUUUCUGAAGUCUCCGCGGCAUAGCUUGGCCAACAUGUUUCGCUGGAAGCGAUCAGAGGUGUCCAUGGGCGAACGGCAACGCUCGGACCUGGAGCUGGGCCACCUGCUGGGGCACCUGCUGCUGGAUGCCCAGCGCAGGGGGAGCAUCCCCGAACUGCUGCGGAAGGAGGCCCCAGCUGCGCCAGCAGAACCGGACUUCUGCUUAGAUGCGGACCCGCUGCUGUCUCCCAGGCCGGAGAAACUGGAGAGCGAGAAGAGGACUCCAGCCGACGAGGGUCAGGAGCUGCAAGAGGGUACCAGCCAACCAACCACACCGGUCACGCCUGCCACAGAGGCUAUGGCUACCACCGCUUCCGAAGAGGAAGAGCAGAGGUGUACAGAAUGGAUGGAUGGCUAUCUUCAAACCGCUCGAGAGGAAAAUGAGGCCCAGAUGAGCCGAUUACAGGAGUCUUUGCGAGAAAGCCUGCGGAAGUUUGAUGAGAAGAUGGAUGCCUUCACCCAGAGAUUCAGCGACUUAGAGGAGGAAGUCCUACAUUCAAAGGAGAAGCGAGAACCGGAGGAGACCGACGGCCUGAAGGAAGCUGUGCAGAAGCAACAGAAUGCCCUGAAGAGCAACGUGAGAUCUCUCCAGAUCCAAAUGGAGGGCUUGGAGCAGGCUCAGGGUGAGCUGCUGCAACAGCUUCGGAAGGCCGGAGCCAAUCGGAGUUGGGGACAGGUCCAACGUGCGGAAAGCCGAUUUGUCGAAUCCCUGGAGAAGCAGGUGGCAGUGCAUCAGGCGCAAGAACUCGGCUCUCCCAGCAGGCCAGAAGCUGUUGCGAAGUUGGAGGAAGCCUUCGGCAAAUUGCUGGAGCAGCAUGAUCAGCAGCUUGGUGAAGCGUUUCUUCCACCUGGAGAUGGAGAGGGGUGGAUCACUGGCUGGAAGCCCAACUGGGGCAGACGAACAGCCGACAAGAGCAGUACUUUGGCAGCUGGGCGCUGCGCCUUGAAGGAGUUGCUACGUCAGAACUGCAUGUCCACCGAAGAUCUGGGAAUCACCGUGUCGAGCCUCUCCGAGUUGCACGAGAGGAUCUCUAUAGGCUUCGAGGGCACCAAGGAAGAACUUCUGGAGCAGAUGAGGGUCCUGCGCGACGGCAACGAUGCAAAAUUCGCUGCAGUGCAGGAGUUGUCUGAUGUGUUCUUAGAUGCAAGCUCACAGCAAGAGCGAAUCUUCCAUCAGUUGCAGUCGAGCCUGAAGGAACUGGACAAAAAGCUCUUUGGCUCGGCAGUGUUGUUGGUCGGCGAGGAAGAGGCAUCCGAGCUUCAAAAGCUUCAAGAUCAACUUAAGGAGGACCAGUCCAGGCUGGCAGCGGAGCUGAAUGUCCUUCGUGAAAGCAACGAUGGGAAGUUUGCAGCACUGCAGGAUGCCACGUCGCAGCAGGAAAGAAUAUGCAACCAGUUGCAAUCAAAUUUAACCAAAAAGUUGGUUGGUGCGGAAGAGGCACGGGCAUCCGAGCUUCAAAAGCUUCAGGAUCAACAAAAGGAGGACCAGUCGAGGCUGGCAGAUCAGCUGAAUGAAUGGACCGGCAAGUUUGACCAGUUGGACAUCAGGUUCCACAACUUUGAGGAUGCCAUGGAAACACGGCGAGCAGCUCAGCAGCGCGAAGUGGAUCGACUGUUUACUGAGCUGCAGCGCUCCUUCGACAAGUUGGAAGGCACGCAGAAGACCAUGCUUGCAGAUACUCUUCCUGAGGUUGCAAGCGCUUUAGUGCAGCCGAUUCAGAGGGAUGUUGGAAAUCUCAAGGAGAAGCUGGAAGGGUUCCAAAGCACCAUCUAUGAACACGCAGAUCUCGGAUCGUUUCCGGGGGCACGAGGUGGCUUUGCUGCAUUGUGGCGCCAUCCUAGUCCCAGAAUUGGUGGGUUUUGCUUUUGGCAGAACAGGACGGCAAUGGACGGCAUUGCGAAACAUUCCAACCAACCCAUGUCUCGGCUGUUGAGUCCGUUUUCAAGGUUGGAUAAGGAGAUCCAGAACCUCAGUCGCAUUAAUCGCAGGACUUCGCGGUUGCCACAAUUGAUCCUGAUCUCUCUUGGAUGA